AUGCAGGGAAUCGGGUACUAUGGUGGUGCUUCCGCUGCACCUCUUUCGACGGGUAUCAUGGCUGCGGCAGCCACCGGUGUGGCUCUCAUUAUCGUCGGUACAAGUCUUGGCUUAGGUCUAGGUAUUGGUCUUCACAGCGAUGACCAAAAUUUGACAUCAAUUACAACGACCGUAAAUCCAGCCCUUACAACAACGAUAUCAACAACAACGGUGUCGACAACAACAACAACAAGCACAUCUACAAAUCAAUCUGUAUACCAGGGAUCUCUAUCAAGUAGUAGUGCAGUGUAUGGCGGCGUCAAUCAAUCAUCAACUAACUACACAUACGAAGUGAUUCAAGUGGUUCCUGAUACGAAUGGUAGUUACACCUUUGUUAGUACUAGUGGUAGUAACUUGCAAUUCUAUGGGUAUUUGUACAACGGCAGUUUUAUUCCUUCGAGUCCACUGACGAAUUUGAUUACAAGAUCUGAUAGUUUAACAGGAACGUUACAAUUUAAUCUUACAAGUACACUUGUAGAGAAUUCUGAAUAUCUCCUGGUCGUCACAACUUCAAAUCAAACAGCAACAGGGUCAUUUAAUAUCACUGCAACUGGCCCCGGAUUGGUCGCGUUUACUCGUCGAAGUGUCGCUGCAACUUCAGCUACUUAUGGAGCUAUUGUUAUCAACACAACUAAUACACAGCUCACCGGUAAUCUCUUUGUGAACACGAAUGACGUUGUCAAAGACGUAGAUGGAGUACUUACAUUUGCUUAUAUAAGUCAAGUUACUAUGACAUUCUUUACGGCACCAACCGUUGGCUCAGGUUUGAUAUACAUUGUUGUAUUAAAUCGAACUGGUUCCACACUCAUAUUUUCUCCAAACGCUACCUACCAAAUUCCUACUGCCAAUAUUACAUCGACAGCAAGUGUUCAAACAUAUAGUAUUCCUCGUAAUCAACUUCCUGUCGUCAGUGGUCAGUACGUAGGUGUGGGAUUGAGCACGGGUGGUGGUAGUUUGAACCAGUUGGCGAACGUCCCUUCAGCAUCUCUUGUUGUUUCGAAUUUCGGGACAUUGGCAGCAGCGACGUAUACAAACAACACCAAUGGAGUUGCAUUUCAAUUCGUACUUUAUACUACAACUGCUGUUAUCGGUUAG